AUGGAUCAGGCUAGCAUCAUCGGGAUCGAUCUGGCGAAGCACAGCUUCCAAGUGCAUGGUGCGAGGGCAGACGGAUCCGUCGCAUUCCGCAAAAAGUUGAGCCGCGGGAAAGUGCUCGAUUUUCUCGCCUCUCAGCCGCCCUGCGUGGUGGCAAUGGAGGCCUGCGGGAGCGCUCACCAUUGGGGCCGAGAGGCCGAGAAGCUCGGGCACGAAGUCAAGUUGGUUCCGCCGAUAUACGUGAAGCCAUUCGUCAAGCGUCAGAAGAACGAUAUGGCCGACGCGGAGGCGACCACCGAGGCAGCACAGCGCCCGACCAUGAGCUUCGUGGCCGUGAAGACGGAAGAGCAGCAGGCCAGAGGGAUGCUGUUCCGUACGCGCGAUCUUCUGGUACGCCAGCGGACGCAAACGAUCAACGCGCUGCGGGGCCAUUUGGCGGAGUUUGGCGUGAUCGCACCACAGGGGCCUGCUCAUGUCAGCCGCUUGGCCUCGGCGCUCGAGGAUCCGUGCUCGGGGCUACCGGAGCAGGUCCGCGAGCUGGCCGGCCUUCUGCUUGAGCAGAUUGCUGGUCUCGACGAGAAGAUACGCGGAUUGGAGAAGGAUGUGCACACCAGCGCCCGCCAGGACGAAGAGGCGGUGCGCCUCAUGACGAUACCGGGGGUCGGGCCAAUCACUGCGAUGGCGCUGCAGGCCUUCGCACCGCCGAUGGAGAGCUUUCGGCGCGGGCGCGACUUCUCCGCAUGGCUCGGGCUCGUUCCAAGGCAGCACACGACCGGCGGCAAGCCCAGGCUGGGCAAGAUAUCCAAGAUGGGCCAGCGCGACCUCAGGCGGCUUCUGAUCACGGGCGCGAUGUCGGUCGUACGGAACGCCGCCCGACGUGGCGAGACGACGGACCCUUGGCUGGCCAGUAUGCUGGCGCGCAAGCCGAGGAUGCUCGUUGCAGUUGCGCUGGCCAACAGAAUGGCGCGCAUCACCUGGGCGCUGACGACGAAGAAGGAGAACUACCGGGCUCCCGGCAUCGCCUGA